AUGACUGGUACUCAAGUUGGAGGUUUUAUUAAUGUAGCAAUUGUGAAACCUGUUUCUACUGAUCCUAAUUUAAUGCAAUGGGAGAGAUGUGAUGCUAUGGUCACAUCUUCGAUCUUAAAUUCCUUGUCUCAAGAAUUGCGUGAUAGCCUGCAAUAUGUGAAUAAUGCCAAUGAGUUAUGGGCAGAGUUAGAGGAAAGAUACGAUCAAACCAAUGGGUGUAAAUUGUAUCAAUUACAGAAGGAGAAUAAUGAACUUGUUCAAGGUACUUUAGACAUCACUAAGUAUUACACAACAAUGAAAAAGUUGUGGGAGGAAAUGAGCACAGUUGAUAUCAACUCUCAGUGCACAUGUAGCAUUCUUAUGAUGAGCACUCUUCCUAGCAAGGCUCAAGCCUUUGCCAUUCUAUGCCAAAAAGAAAAGCAGAGAGGAGUGAAGCCUCAUAAUCAUACAACCUUGGAUUCUACUUCUCUCAAUGCUUAUGGACAAUAUAAUAAUAAUGUAGGUUACAAGGGAUUCAGAACAAAUUAUAGUUUAUCUAACGGAGCUGGAACUAGUUCUGGUAAUACAAGCAAUAAUAAUGUGUCUAGAGGGAAUUCAAGUAUCAACAGGUCUUUUUUAGUCUGUGACUAUUGCAAGAAAUCAGGACACACGAGCGAUAGAUAUUAUAAACUUCAUGGAUAUCCAUCCAAUCUAAAGUUUCAAAAGGGAAAAGGAACAAGUUCUGCAACAUAUAUGUGUGCUUCUGAUAUGAAUACACAACAAUCUGAGGAAGAGUCUGAAAUGGGAAAGUAG